ACAAAGGAAACAGGUUGCAUCAAGGCUGCUGCUCUCACUUCCUUCUGUGGGGAGAUACACACAUUGCCUGAAAAAGAACAAAGCCAGUGUGCACUCUGUCCCAGCAAAGAUGGGCAACUGGGUGGUGAACGAGGGACUCUCCAUCCUUGUUAUUCUUGUGUGGCUGGGGUUAAAUGCCUUCCUCUUUUGGUGGUACUACAGAGUAUAUGAUGUUCCAGUCAAAUACCACUAUAGCAGAGUGCUUCUUGGGUCUGCUUUGGCUUGGGCACGAGCACCUGCAGCCUGUUUGAAUUUCAACUGCUUGCUGAUUCUGCUGCCAGUCUGUCGAAACCUGCUCUCCUUCCUCAGAGGAUCCAGUGCGUGCUGCUCAACCCGUAUCAGGAGACAGUUAGACAGGAACCUCACGUUUCACAAAAUGGUGGCUUGGAUGAUUGCCCUUCAUACUGCCAUACACACCGUUGCACACUUAUUUAACGUAGAGAGGUGUGUGGAUGCACGUGUUGAAGCGAAAGGAACUAUUCAAGCUGCUCUCUCUGAUCUUGGUGACAAGUCAGAAGAAACCUAUCUGAAUUUUGUCCGAAAAAAAAUUCCGAACCCCGAAGGUGGCCUAUAUGUAGCUUUCACGUAUUUGGCAGGUCUCAGUGGUGUCAUCAUUACAUUGGCCCUUAUAUUAAUCAUCACAUCAUCCACUAAAACCAUUCGAAGGUCCUAUUUUGAAGUAUUUUGGUACACCCACCAUCUCUUUGUCAUCUUCUUUAUUGGACUUGUCAUUCAUGGAGCUGGCCGUAUUGUACGCGGACAGACAGCUGAGAGCUUGAAAGAGCAUGAUCCAAAAAUAUGUGAAAAGAACUUCACUCAGUGGGGAAAAAUACCGUCAUGUCCUAUCCCCCAGUUUGCUGGAAAUCCUCCUAUGACAUGGAAGUGGGUAGUGGUUCCUAUGAUUUUGUACUUCUUUGAGAGGUUGGUGCGAUUUUGGCGAUCACAGCAGAAGGUGGUAAUCACAAAGGUGGUCAAUCAUCCCUUCAAAACAUUUGAGCUCCAGAUGAUGAAAAAGGGCUUCAAGAUGGAAGUUGGGCAGUACAUUUUUGUCCAGUGUCCCACAGUGUCUCAUCUGGAGUGGCACCCUUUCACACUGACUUCUGCUCCUGAAGAGGAUUACUUCAGCAUUCACAUCCGUAUUGUAGGAGACUGGACAGAGGGCUUGUCCAGUGCCUGUGGAUGUGACAAAAAAGAAUUUCAAGAAGCAUGGAAAUUGCCAAAGAUACUUGUGGAUGGCCCCUUUGGCACAGCUAGUGAAGAUGUAUUCAGUUAUGAAACUGUGUUGCUUGUUGGAGCUGGAAUAGGGGUCACUCCAUUUGCAUCUGUACUCAAGUCUGUCUGGUACAAAUACUGCAAUGAUGCAACCAAUCUAAGACUCAAAAAGAUCUAUUUUUACUGGCUCUGCAGAGACACUCAUGCCUUUGAAUGGUUUGCUGACCUCUUGCAGUCUCUGGAGAAUCAAAUGCAGGAGAGGGACAAUGCAGGAUUUCUCAGUUACAACAUCUACCUAACAGGCUGGGAUGAAUCUCAGGCCACUCAUUUUACAGUACACCAUGAUGAAGAGAAAGAUGUGAUUACGGGUCUGAAACAGAAAACCUUGUAUGGCAGACCCAACUGGGAAAAUGAGUUCAAAACCAUUGCAAGUCAGCACCCAAGUUCCAGAGUAGGCGUCUUCCUCUGUGGUCCGGAAGCCCUGGCUGAAACACUCAAUAAGCAGUGUAUCAACAACUCAGAUGCUGAUCCACGAGGAGUACACUUCAUUUUUAACAAGGAAAACUUUUAACUCACUGGCUCUGACAGGAUACAGGAAUAGCUAAAUCCAAAAACUAAGAACUUGUUUCUUUUUCUGUUGGAAUUUGGAGAUUAUGGAUCGGAUUCUGAUCUCAGUUACACCAAUGUUAAGCCCUUUGCGUCAGUGGAAUUGCCCUGGAUUUACACUGGUGUAACUAUGGAUAUGUCUACACUGCACCGUUGUCGCCAAAACUUUUGUCUUUCUUGGGUCCUUUAAAAAGCCCACCCCCAAAGAAAGACAAAAGUUUUGCUGACGCAAGUGGCUGUGUGAGCAUGGCUUUGUUGGCAGGAGCGCUCUCCUGCCUACAAAGCUUAUGCCGCUUGUGGGGCUGGAAUUAUUUUGUCGGCAAAAGUGCCGACAAAAUACGGCAAAAGAGCGUUCACACACGCUGACUUUUAGCGACAAGGCUGUGUCAACACAGCCUUGUCGCUAAAAGCUGCACAGUGUAGACAAGCCCUAAGAAUCUGUUUGACCUUGGGUCUGUUUGCAUGGGCCUCCACAUUCUGAGCAAUUUAGCAGAAAUCUGUUCUUUGUGGGGUUUGUCUCAAUUACUGUCUUUAGCUUCCUGUCAUUUGUAAUGACUUCCUCAGGGUAUCGAUAGAGGUUGCAUCCUGGGGAGCCAGUUUACACUGAUGAUAGCUUAAUCCUAUGAAACAAAAAAGAGUUUUAGCAUAAUGCUUGCUACUUAACAUGCAGUUUAUUUUGGCUGCAGGAAUUUUCUGGAAGAAAGUCAAAUUUGGGGAGGGAUGAAUGGGACUUAGGCUAUGUCUACACUACAAAUUACUUUGGUAUAACUUACAUCGCUCAUGGUGGAUUAUUCACACCCCUAAACCAGUGGUUUCCAAACUUUUUUUCUGGGGACCCAGUUGAAGAAAAUUGUUGAUGCCCACAACCCAACAGAGCUGGGAAUGAAGGGUUUGGGGUGUGGGAGGGGCUCAGGGCUAGGGCAGAGGGUUGCAGUGUUGGGGGGAGGGCUGUGGAUUGGGGCUGGGAAUGAUGGGUUCAGGAUGUGGGAGGGGACUCAGGGCUGGGGCAGGGGGUUGGGAUGCGGGAGGGGGUCAGGGCUCUGGCCUGAGGGUGCAGGCUCUAGGGUGGGGCUGGGGAUGGGGAUGAGGGGUUUGGGGUGCAGGAACAGGUUCCAGGUUUGGGGGGGGCUCAGGGCCGGGGCAGGGAAUUGGAGGGCAGGGUUGGGGUGUGAACUUACCUCCGGCGGCUCAGCAGCGCAGCUAGGGUGCAGAGACAGACUUCCUGGCAUCAUGGACUGCGCUGCGCCCCAGAAGCGGCCAGCAGCAGGUCUGGUUCCUAGGCGGAAGCACACAAGCGGUUUUGCACGACUCUCGCCUGCGGUCACUGCCCCCGCCCCCGCCGUUCCCAUUGGCCAGUUCCCAGCCAAUGGGAGUGCGGAGUCAGUGCUUGGGGUUAGGGCAGCACAUGGAGCCCCAUGGUCUUCCUGCCUAGAAGCCAGACCGCUGCUGGCCACUUCUGGGGCACAGUGCAGUGUCAGAAAAGGUAGGCACUAGCUUGCCUUAGCUGGGCAGCACUGAUGACGGGACUUUUAACGUCCCGGUCGGCGGUGCUGACCAGAGCAAGGCAACCCAGCACCUUACAUGUCACAACCCAGUAAUGGGUCGCGACCCACAGUUUGAAAAACAUUGCCUAAGCGACAUAAGUUACACUGACGUAAGUGCAAGUGUGGACAGCGCUAUGUCAGUGGGAGAGCUUCUCCCUCCUGCCAACAAAGCUACUGCCUCUCCUGGAGGUCGGAGUUACUAAGCCAACGGGAAAACUCUCUCCCAUCAGCUUAGAGCAUCUUCACUAGAAGCACUACAGCGGCAUAGCUGCAUCAGAGCUGUAGUGUAGACAUAGCCUUACCCAAAAGAGAGAUUCUCGGAAAAACAACUCUCUGUUGCUCAAGUAGGCAAAAGGAAUGUACAGAUGAUUAUGCUGUCGCUACAUAUUUCUUGUGUUUUAAAGGAACUGAAUUAAAUUGUAAGCUCUUUGAAGCAGA